CUGCUUCAUCAGCUGAGCCUUUCACCCCUUCCGGCGUACAAACCCGAAAAUGAGCAACACCGGCGCCGAGAGCCUGCCGACGAAGGAAGUAAACGUGCUGAAAGGACACGAGGGUGCCGUCUUAGCAGCAAGAUUCAACUCGAACGGCGAGUAUUGUCUGAGCUGCGGCAAGGACCGUACCAUACGCCUCUGGAAUCCCCACCGUGGAAUUCACAUCAAAACCUACAAAUCCCAUGGCCGUGAAGUCCGGGAUGUCCAUGUCACCCCGGACAAUUCCAAGCUUUGUUCUUGUGGUGGUGAUCGACAAGUCUUCUAUUGGGAUGUAGCAAGUGGUCGAGUAAUUCGAAAAUUCCGUGGCCAUGACAGUGAGGUGAAUGCUGUUAAGUUUAAUGAGUAUGCAACUGUAGUAGUAUCAGCAGGAAAUGAUCACUCUUUGCGUGCUUGGGACUGCAGGUCUCAUAGUACUGAGCCUAUUCAGAUCAUUGAUACUUUUCGGGAUACUGUCAUGUCUGUUUGUUUAACAAAAACUGAGAUAAUUGCUGGAAGUGUUGAUGGAACUGUUCGGACAUUUGAUAUUCGAAUUGGUAGAGAAAUUUCUGAUGACUUGGGCCAACCUGUCAACUGUAUCUCUCUGUCAAAUGACAGUAAUUGUAUCUUAGCAAGCUGCCUGGAUUCAACUCUACGACUAUUGGACAGAUCUACUGGUGAACUUUUGCAAGAAUAUAAAGGUCAUACUUGCAAGUCAUUUAAGAUGGACUGCUGCCUCACAAAUAGUGAUGCGCAUGUGACUGGGGGUUCUGAAGAUGGCUUUAUCUACUUCUGGGAUUUGGUGGAUGCAUCUGCCAUAUCAAGCUUCCGAGCUCACUCCUCAGUGGUGACUAGCGUCAGCUAUCACCCAACAGAUAGCUGUAUGGUGACUUCAUCUGUUGAUGGAACUAUCCGGGUGUGGAAAACCUAAGACAAGAUAUCUUCUCCAUAUUUCCUUUCUUUUUCUCCAUGAUUCUUGGUCUUGCUCAUCAGAGUUACUCAGGCCUCCUGUAAAGACACAUUAUGUACGAUGUGGUAUAGAGCAAGAGAAGUGAACCAGUUAAUAGUAAUGCUUUGUAAUUUAUUAUCCUCCGUUAUCCCCUCUUGUAAUUAUUUGUAUGGACGUGAGAAUUACCUGUUUUAUUAAGGCUGAGGUACUUUGACGUCUAUAGGAAUGUUGUCUGUGCGGUAGAAACAUCUUCUCUGGACUUGCCAGAUGACACCAGCUUCUUUUGGCAUUUCUAUUACUCAAUGUUGAUUUGGUCAAAGUCCAAAGGGAAAACAAUCCCGAUAUUCAUUAUCAGAUUCCCGAUCCUGUCAGAUUUAAAUUUUGAUUAUUGGUUAGGAGUUUAA